AAGUUGCCCAUUUCCAAUAUGUCUGCUGGCGUCUUCCCACUCUGAACAAAACAAGACUCGUGGAGAAUGGCAGACGGGGGAGUUGACGAGCUUUCGCAGCUUGAAUAUUUGUCGUUGGUGUCCAAGGUCUGCACGGAGCUUGACAACCAUUUGGGGAUAAGUGAUAAAGAUUUAGCUGAAUUUGUCAUUGACCUUGCUGAAAAACAGCCGGUGUUCGAUGGCUUUAAAGCUCUUUUGCUCCAAAAUGGAGCCGAAUUCACAGAUUCUCUCAUCGGUAAUUUGCUCAGGCUCAUCCAGACAAUGCGUCCUCCAUCGAAAGCAUCUAUGAGUAAAGCAACUGAAGCUUUGGCCAAGCCGAAGACAGAAAAGGACAAGCUGAAAGAGCUGUUUCCUGCGUUGUGUAGAGCAAAUGAGCCAGUGCCAAAGAAGAUACUUGACGAAGAUGAUGUGAAAGUAGCUGCUGAUGUCAUGAAAGAGCUGGAGAUGUUUAUGCCCAGUGUGAGUGGAACAGAGACCAAAAGCAGCAAGAGCAGGUCCGAAAAGAGCAGACGCCAAAGCCGAAGUCGCAGCAGAAGCAGAGACCGGGACAGAUACAGAGAUAGAGACCGGGAUCACGACAGAGACCGGGAUCGGGACCGGAAGAGACGGCAUCGCUCAAGGUCCAGGUCGCGCUCCAGAGACCACGAUCGCCACCGAGAUAGAGAUGGAGAUCGUGGAAAAAGAAGAGACAAAUCUGUCCGCAGGUCUGAGCGCUCGCCUAGUCCCAAGAAAGACCAAGACAAAGACUCUGAGCGCUGGCAAGACAAACACGUGGACCGCCCACCACCUGAGGAGCCUUCUGUCGGUGACAUAUACAACGGCAAAAUCACCAGCAUCAUGCAGUUUGGAUGCUUUGUUCAGCUGGAGGGACUAAGGAAACGAUGGGAGGGGUUGGUCCAUAUCUCCGAGCUGCGCCGAGAGGGCCGUGUGGCCAACGUUGCUGAUGUUGUCAGCAAAGGCCAAAGAGUCAAGAUCAAGGUGCUCUCAUUCACUGGCUCCAAGACCAGCCUUAGUAUGAAG